AUGGGCCCACGGGCAGCUGCCGCUAUCAAGGAGCACCACUAUGUGGACGACUACCUGGAUAGCUUCAGAACUGUCCAAGAAGCGAUUCAGGUGGUGAAUGAUGUAAAGCUGGUGCACUCCAAGGGCGGUUUCGAGAUUCGAAACUUUCUAUCAAACGAAGACGAAGUUUUAAAACGAACUGGGGAGAUCGAACCAGAUUCGUCGAAAGACUUCGCUCUUGUGCGCGCUGAAGCAAUCGAAUCAGUUUUAGGGAUAAAAUGGAUUCCGGCGGAAGAUGUAUUCACGUACACAUUUGCUAUGCGUGAUGAUUUACAACACAUUCUCCACAAAAACCACACACCAACGAAACGAGAGGUCCUGAAAGUCAUAAUGAGUCUCUUCGACCCCUUGGGGUUUGCUUCAUUCUUCCUCGUGCACGGCAAGGUGUUGAUGCAAGAUAUAUGGGCUUCGGGUAUCGAUUGGGACGAACAAAUCAGUGAACAUCUAUGCAUCCGCUGGCAGCAAUGGAUAGCUCACUUCCCGCAACUGGAUACCUUGCGCAUACCUCGUUGCUAUUUCAGCUCUCCGUUUCCCAAAAAUUUCGAUCGAUUGGAAGUACACGUUCUUGUCGACGCCAGCGACUCUGCGUACGCUUGCGUGGCUUACUACCGACUGGAAACCGAAAACGGAGUUCAAGUAUCGUUGAUCUGCGCCAAAACCAAGGUGGCACCACUUAAGGUGCUGUCAAUCCCUCGUCUGGAGCUGAAAGCGGCCGUCCUAGGUGUUAGGAUACUGGAAUCUAUUCAAGGGUACCAUACCUAUCAAAUCAGCCGUCGUUUUCUGUGGAGCGAUUCUAGCACCGUACUGGCCUGGAUCCGUUCGGAGCAUCGUCGGUAUAACAAGUUCGUAGCGGUUCGUAUCGGCGAGAUCCUUACUGUGACUGAUGUGAAGGAGUGGAAGUGGGUACCUUCUGGGAUGAAUUCGGCUGACCUCGCUACGAAGUGGAAAAAGGGUCCAAAUUUCAGCUCUACCAGCUCCUGGUUCAGCGGCCCAUCGUUCCUUCAUCAAUCAGAAGAAUUCUGGCCUCAGCAAACGCUCUCCACAACUACGUGUGAAGAACUUCGACCCAGCCUUUCCCAUGUUACAACAUCACCGUUGAUUGACGCUAGUCGAUUCAGUCAAUGGUCCCGACUGCACCGGUCAAUGGGCUUCGUGUUUCGAUUCAUUGAAAACUUACGCCGUAAACGACGAGGUGCUGAUCUACAACUGGGUGUUCUUCAUCAAGAUGAGCUACAAAAAGCUGAGGUGAUACUGUGGAAGAUUGCGCAAGCUGAAGCUUUCCCCGAAGAAAUCGCCAUUCUAUCGGAAACGCAAGGUUCUCCGAACACGCGUCACCGACGCGUCGCAAAAUCUAGCCCAAUCUACAAGAACUGGCCCUUCCUUGACCAGCACGGCGUACUUCGGCUACGUGGUCGAGUCGGUGCCGCAACCUUCGCACCGGCUGAAGCUAAGUUCCCCGCUAUUCUUCCAAGACAACACCCAAUUACUUUCUUAAUUACUGACUGGUACCACAGACGUUUUCGCCAUGCCAAUCGAGAAACCAUCACCAACGAGAUGCGACAACGCUUCGAAAUAGCUAAACUCCGUUCCUUAGUGGCGAAGGUGGCGAGAGACUGCAUGAUGUGCCGAAUAAAACAGGCCCUUCCUUGCCCUCCGGUUAUGGCGCCUCUACCGGCCGCCAGACUACAAGCGUUCGUGCGGCCAUUCACUUUCGUCGGAGUGGAUUACUUUGGACCGAUAUUGGUCAGAGUAGGAAGGAGCAACGUUAAACGAUGGGUAGCCCUUUUUACUUGUCUAACCGUUCGCGCGGUUCACUUGGAGGUAGUCUACAGCCUUUCCACCGAGUCCUGCGUCAUGGCUGUGCGACGUUUCAUAUCGCGCCGGGGAUCGCCAGCAGAAUUCCACUCAGACAACGCGACUUGUUUUCAGGGUGCGAGCAAGGAGUUGCAGAAGGAAAUCGAAAAACGGAACAACGGCCUCGCUGCUACAUUCACCACGACCAAAACACGGUGGUCUUUCAUCCCCCCUUCGGCACCACAUAUGGGGGGUGCGUGGGAACGUCUCGUACGUUCCGUCAAGGUAGCGAUAGGAACCAUAGCGGACGCACCUCGUAAACCGGAUGACGAAGUGCUCGAGACAGUUUUACUGGAAGCAGAGGCCCUGAUAAAUGCACGACCACUCACGUACAUUCCGCUUGAAUCGGGGGACGAGGAAGCCCUCACUCCCAACCAUUUUCUCUUGGGGACUUCCAAUGGUGACAAGCUGCUACCAACCGAACCAGUGGAAUCGCCGGUGGUACUACGGAGUUGCUGGAGACUUGCGCAGACAAUCACACAACGAUUUUGGGAAAGAUGGGUGAAAGAAUAUCUUCCAGUGAUCACUCGUAGGUCAAAGUGGUUUGAAGAGGUACGGGACAUAUCAGUUGGAGAUUUGGUGUUGAUAGUAGGCGGAACGGCAAAGGACCAGUGGACUCGAGGACGUGUAGAAGGGGUAAUUCCUGGACGUGACGGAAGGGUCCGUCAGGCCUUUGUCCGAACAGCAUCCGGUAUUCUUCGUCGUCCAGCAGUGAAGCUGGCAGUUCUCGACGUGCUGGAGAAAGGUGAACCUGAUGCGGAAGUCCUGAAGGAACCGGAAGCGACUAGGAUUCACGGGAGGGGGGAUGUCACGUCACCCCCCUGCAACAGUUCAACUGUGGCCUAAAGAUACUGUGGUCAUACGAAGGGUCGACUGAUUGAACCAACACAGUGACCGGGCAUAGCGUAGACAGAAGCAAAGAGUAAUGAGAUGUUUGGAAGGCAAACGAAGUGGACAAAAACAAUGACUAUGUGAUUUGAUGUGUUAUGUCGAGUUAGCAUGCAGUUCUUAUCCUAGCGAUAAAUUGAUUAUUCUACUACGAAACCUAAUGAAAAUAGUGCUAAAAUACUUGAGCUAAAACUAAAUUGGUUAUUCUAGAUGUUAAAAGGUAUUUUGUGUUGAAUUAUUUACAAUUUGUCAUCAUAUUUUGAAUUAUUAAAAAUCAGUGAACUAAUAUUAUUGUUGUAGCCUAAACAGGACAUUGAUCAGUAGGACGUAAACAUUCAAGCCAAAAUUGCUUAAAUCAUUGUGAAUUAGAUAGAGGUUGAAGACUACGGAUAAUACGUUGAAUUCGAUCCAGUAAGAUCGUGAUACGAUACCUCUCCGAACUGAGAGUUCACCAAAAUUUGUAAGUUGCUCUGAAUUCCUUUAAGUAUCAUGCUAAUAAAUCUCUGUUUUAGCUUUAAGCUCACCAUUCAUAAAAAUUGGUUUGCUAAUCAAGAUUUGGACGAACUCCCC